UCAAACCCUCAUCAGCACAUAAAAUCCAAUUCCCACCAAAAAUUCCAAGAAAAUGGCUUCCAAGAUGACCAAAAUUAUUCUAGUUCCUGUUUUUGUAGUCGUGUUUUUGGAUGGAAUUACAGCUCAAUCAGGCUGUUCUAAGACACUGGUGGGCUUGUACCCGUGUCUUAACUAUGUUAAUGGCAAUUCAUUGACCCCAUCUACAUCGUGUUGCUUACAGCUUUCGAGUGUAGUUAAGUCACAGCCGCAGUGUCUUUGUCUGUUGCUUAAUGGUGAUGCCUCCUCUUAUGGUGUCAAUAUAAAUCAAACUCUCGCAUUGGCUUUACCUGGUGCUUGCAGCGUGGAAACUCCUCCUGUUAGUCGGUGCAAGGAAGCAAAUGGACCCUCCACCCCAGAAGGUUCUCCGGCUGAUUCCUCCAAAACACCAGAGAAUCCGACCAAGCCAUCAGUCAUUCCAUCAGGGUCUAGAGUUGUUCCCUCAACAGAUGGAACCUCUAAUGGUGGAAGAAAUCUCAAAGCACCAUUUAGUCUGGCGGGCUUCUUAAUCUUAGCCGCGUCCUGUGCUUUUUCUGCCACUGGAUUUUGAGAUUCAGCAGCAUCAGAUGGCUGUUAUCCUGUCAAAUUAUUUUUCCAUCGCAAAUUCUUGGGUGUUAUACAUUGUACUAGUGUUAGUUCGUCAUCGAUAUCAUUAUAUGUUGUCCUAGUGAAUACUUCAUUCGGUGUAACAAAGUUUUAUAAUUGCUUAUUCUGUAUGUUUCACAUAUUAAGGAUAUGUUUG